GUUUUGUCAAAGCAGUUUCAAAGUUGAAAGAAAACCGCAAAAAAAUUAGCAGGUUUUUCGUCGCGUUCAAUCAAGUGACAUGAUACCUAUAGGAUUUAUGAUAUUUUAUUACCUGCCGUCAGCAAUUUAUAGCUUAAGAUUUAAUUGAUAAAAUGGUGGAAAAUCCAGUCUUCUAAAAAUAUAGUUUCUUAACAAGCUAUCAUAAAGUUGUGGCUAAAAAAAUUAAGUUUCAGUUGACAAACAGUGCAAUGAGUCAAUCAAACAUAGCAACUGAAAGUGGCUCUCCCGUUGAGGAAAAAGGUCAAAAUUGUACAGAAACUCACAGAUGCGACCUUUGCUCAGCAUUAUUCCGAACCAGAGCGCUUCUAGCGCGCCACAUCGGUCAAUCACACAAAGCAGUGAAAAAGUUCCACUGCACGGAGUGCAGUGCCUCAUUUAACUCGCAGAAGAACAUUGCUCUGCAUCGCACAAUUCACGGUCCAAAGCCGUUUAAGUGUCCCAAAUGUCUGGUCAUUUUUCGUCGCUAUGCUACGCUAGUGGGCCACAUCGAACGGCACUAUGUGCCGGAAGAUAACAUAUGCGUGGUGUGCAAUCGAGAAUUUCCUACGCUCGACGGACUGAAAGCCCAUGUACUAGAGGGUCAUGAAGCCGAUGCCAAGGAAGUCCAAUCACCGAAGAAGAAAAUUAACAAGGUUCAACGAGUUAGCGGCACAAAUUCCUACCAGUGCACAUUGUGCGAAAAUAAAGUAUUUUCAAAAAUGAGUUUGUUUGAAAGACAUUUACUUAUACACACAAAACAAAAACCGUUUACAUGCAAUGAUUGUGGAAAAUCCUUCAAUCAAAAAAGCAGUCUCAAAACUCACUCACUUAUUCACAGCGACAUACGAGAUUUUAUGUGCUCACUUUGUGGUUUAAAGUUUUCUCAAAAAGUAAAUCUCAGAGUACACACUCUUCGCGUUCACCCGAAAAAGAAUGCUUCGUUAUCGGACAGACUAGCGUGCCCGUACUGUCCAUGUGUUUUCAAAAAGUUGGGCAGUUUAAAUGCACACAAAACUAAAAUUCACGCUGCCUUGCUACCGAAUCCUAGCGUACAGGAUGAGGUCUCAAGCAGUCACAAAAACGCGAUUGAAGAAGCUUCGACUACUCCACCACCAGCUCCUGAUACAGUUUAUCACUGCGGAGCUUGUGAUAUGAACUUUCAGGAUAUGGCACAACUGGACAGUCAUAUGAACCAACAUUCCGUUGUCCAACCUCAAAUUCCGGAAAUUGUCCGUCCCAUAAUAUCAAAUCGAACUCAAUCACAUCUACAGGGUGCAAACGAGCAACGUCGCUUCAGUUGCAAUAUUUGUCCAGCUGCCUUCAAGAAAUCAAGCCAUCUUAAACAGCAUCUCAAGUCCCACUACGGUAUCAAGGGAAACCGCUGUGAAAUUUGCGACAAAACUUUCACAACCGGUCACACACUGAAGGUGCAUCGGAGCAGUCACACUCAAAGCAAACAGUUAAAGUACAAGUGUGAGUUGUGCCCAACCCAGUUUAGUCUCCUGUCCAGCGUUCGACGGCACAUGAAGUUGCACGAUAAUCCCGACCGCUGCUACAGCUGUCCGUACUGUAAGCGCCUCUUUAAGUGGUAUCAAAACUGCAGGACCCACAUCAGAAAGGUUCAUCCUGAUGGCGAAGCAACCACGCCAGAACAAUCAUGUCCGCCGGUUGAACAUGUUGGUGAUCAGAAUGAAGCUGUUAUACACGUUGAAGAGAUACCAACGGCCAACGAAACUUUGCCAGCAGAAAAUGUCAGCAUUGUCGAUGUUACAAAUUGCAUCGUGCGAAUUGACGAUCAGUUGUAUGAGAUACCCCUGCAAAUAGAUGCCAACGGUAGUUUUCUACCGAUUAGUUUGCAGGAACUUUCCGUAGCAGAGCCUUCCGAGCCACAACAACCCAGCAGUUUAGAUUUGUCUUUGCCUUCCGAGGAUAUUAUUCUUGAAACCCACGAAACCGUUUACCAAUACUUUCCACCUUCCGAAGAAAUUCCGCAAGAAGUUGACUCGACUAUCUGUGACGAUCAAACAAGCGGAGCCACAAACUUGGAACGAGCGGUCUUUCCGAAGAGUAAGCACGAACACCUAGCUAAGCCGUCAAAACGAUCCCAAGUGGUUAACGAAGAUGAGCAAGAUCUUUUCGGUGAGACGGUCGUCGCCGGCAAAAAGCAUUACUUUUGCAAGGCUUGCGAAAAACGCUUCAAAAAGCCAGUAGAUUUACGACGGCACAUUCGAUCACAUACCGGCGAACGUCCCUUUCACUGUGACCUUUGCUCGAAGAGCUUUACCCUGAAAGCGGUUCUCCAGAUGCACAUGAAAACUCACGACCUUAGAAGGGAGAUGAUCGUCUGUCCCGAGCCGAACUGUGGCAAAAAGUUUUCCAGCAAAACCAGCCUAGAUAUGCACCGGCGCAUUCACAGCGGAGACCGACCGUUCCAAUGUUCGGUUUGUACGCUCACUUUUCGUACCUCGGGCCACAUGCAAGCCCACAUGACGUCUCACUCGCGACUGGCAGCACGACGGGAGCAGAGCAAUCUUCACUAUCAACACUAAUUUGUCAGCAUUUCACCUUGCAAAACCGACUGUGAUAAAGUAAAAAUUCUACAAACGUUUGAUUCAAUUUUGCGUAUAUUAAACGAAACUGCGCUAUAAAUAUGCUAGGCGAUACUCCGUAGGAGUAGCUAAAAUGCAUCUCAUUCGUAUCGGAACUCACGCUAUGGCCAUUCUUGUGUCGUUUGCAUUCCUGCAAGAAGUCGUCAACAUCUUCCGACAUGGACUCGUACCUUUUGCGACUGCGCGUUUCCUGUGAAUGGCUCUCUUCGGCAUCGCUAGCGUGGUACUGCAGAUAGAUUGGAUCAAUACGCUUGGCCGAUUUCUUCAACAUGUACGGAUCGAACGGAAAGAACGUAUCUAAACAUUCCUCAGGUGUUUGGGAAUCAUUUUUAUAGACUGUUGCCAACUUACGCCGAGCAUUGCGCUCCAGAAUCGUAUGACAAUAUGCCAACUGAUGAGCUCUUGUAACGCCAGCGAACGCUGUAGCCACUGCUGGUAAACACACCCUCAGUGGAUUUAGAUGACAGCUAACGAUUGACGAAAGCUGUAGCGAUUGCAAGAAGGUGAGGUUUUUAGGAUUGGCUGUUAGUUGUCUGCUGCGGAACGCUAUCACGUAGAAGAUCGCUUGACACACAGAAUAAAAUACCAUGUGUGCUUUGAGAUUACAUCCUAACAUAGAAUCAGUUUCCUGAAUGUAAUGGUGAACCCAGCUGGAGAACUCCUGGAGAGUGGAUUUCAGCAAACUACAAAGGGAACAAAUAUUAGAAAACAAUCAGUAUUUUUUCGCUCAACCGAAACUCACCCCAAUGGAACAAAUUUGGCACGAGCCAGCAUGCUGGCGACGUAUCCAACCGACGCUUGUCGCAUUGGAGUAGACACGUUAGGAUUACCAACGUGCUUCCACAGGUAGGUUAUAAAAUACUCGACGUAGGACUGUUUGAAACUGCAAACAUAGAACAUGAGAAACUGUACGUGGUGUGUGUUGUGCGUAGGUAGAAUAUGACUAUCGAAAAGCUUUAGCAGUAUUCUAAACAUUUGAUCUGCUGCUAUGCUGCCAUUUUCCGAAGUGACACGCUGUUUAAUAAACUCCAUCAUUCUAUCCAUACAGCAAUCCAACGUUUCAGCUAACGGUAGUUUCAUAGCCAUACUCUCUUCCUCAUCUUGUCCAGCUACUAAGUCUUCCUCCAUUGAAAAAAUCUGCUGAUCAUCUUCUGGAAACUCAGCUUCUUCAAUUUCGUUUCUAGGAGCAUUUACGUCUAUCACCAAAAGUCGAUUGAAAACAACUUCCAAUAAUUCUUCGACAAACAUAGACGAAUACUCGGUCAUACAUAAAAUAUUAUGCAAAUAACCACAAACUACGUGUGUAGGUUUUUUGA